GCCUCGCCUCGCCACGCCUCGCCUCGCCUCGCCGCCCUCUUUCACCUUGUUUUGUAUCCUAUCCCGAGCCUGCUGUCUUGCGCCGCCGCUGCUGCACCGUCUCUCUUCGGGUCAGGGAAACAAACACCUUUCAGGAUUACCUACUACCUACUACGUUACUUGGUACUCUACUACGUACCUUGCUUGCCGCGUUUGAUAUACAAAGGUACCCGCUUACACCUUGCGUCACAAGAGACGACGGACAACGACAAACAACUACCUACGUUGCGACCUUUACACGACGACGACAUCAGAUACUACUACUACAUCUUACCCCCCGCAAUCGGACGUCACAUAGCUUGCAGACAAGCACCAAGCUACAUCGUCGUCUCCAUUGUCGUCAUAGUCUUAUCUCGCCACCCGUCAGGCUCCGUCCUCAUCCUCCUCCUCCUCCUCCUCUGCCGCCGCACCCGCCGCCGCCUCGCGUCCUCGACCGACGACGCAGCGCAGACGCACGCCCGCAGCUCCCCACCGCCCCCUCACCCGUGGCCGCAGCUACGAUGCCAUGGCAGCUGUAGUCGGCGAACUCGUCUCCGAUCUGUCCCGCUUCCAUGAUAUGAUCGUCACCCCCUCGUCGACUUUACACCAGCAAGCUCAACAUCAACACCGCCGCCCUUCGUCUCCCUCCGUCUCCCCGCGCCCGUCCUCGCGCUCGCGCUCCUCGCAUCGUCCGGCACACGCGACGGCCUCGACGACGUCGCCCUCUCCGCGCCGUCCCGCCCAUUGUACUCAGUCGUCGGCAAGGACGGUGCCUGGUCGCCACCGGCAGCGCGAGCCAUCCGCGGCUCCCUCUCCCGCCUCUGUCGUCGCCGAUAGCCUUCACAGCGAAACGACUCGCAUCACAACCGACGACGUGGCCGCCACCACCACCGCCGCUCGCAAGAGGGGCUACGGGCCGUCCACUACGGGCGACUCGCGCAUCCCUUCCCCGCCUCCCUCAUCGUCGCCCGCUGUCGCCGCCGGUCCUGCCGAAGCUGACGAUGCAAAGACGGCAUCUAUGGCAUCACAGCUCGGAGACCGCGUCUCCGAUCCUCGCUCGGCUUUGCCCCCUGAUACAGCCGACAUGAGUGCUCCCGCGCAACGGCAGCAACCGUCGCCACCCGACGACGGCCUCCAGGCCCCCUACACACCCGCCCCGUAUCUGGUAUCGACUGCCGCAGCAGCUCCACAGCAGACCGUCGUCCACGUCCGCGAUCUCGCCCACAUACAGACCCUCGCGGGCGCCAACGUGUUGGGGGGCACCGGGGCCAGCGCGGCGGGCGAUGCCCCCAUCAGGUACGAGAUCAGCGGCAUGCCCAUCAGCGACAUCAUCGAGAUGGUCGCCGCUCUAUUAACAAAAAUCACUUCCACCAACGACCUGCAACACGAUGCCAUGCAGCGCAACGUUGCCCACCAGCAGCAGGCCAACCAAAACAGCGACAACGCGGGCGGCUCCCAGAUGAGCCCCUUGAGCCAUUCGGUACUCGCCUUCCACGGCAAGAAUGUGCCUGCCAUUACCAUCCUGAGCUACCUGUCUCGCAUUCACAAGUACUGCCCGACUACAUACGAGGUUUUCCUCAGCCUGCUCGUCUACUUUGACCGCAUGACGGAACGCGUCAAUGACAUGGUCAUGAAGACGGAAGAGGCGCGGCGACAGCCCAUGUCCCGCCCUGCGUCAUCCCACCAGCCCACCACUCAGCAUGACACCGCGAUGCGCGACGACCCGCCCGCCGCCCGCGGUUCGGACGAGAGCGACUCGGACCUCGCUGACGAUGACGACGACGACGACAUGGUCGACUCCCCCACUAGCUCUGCUCGCAGAGAGGCCAGCCGGAUCAUCACGGUGCCUGACGAGCAAGCCCCCGCCAUUGGACCUGCUACGUAUUUCGUCGUUGAUAGCUUCAACAUUCACCGACUAAUCAUCGCCGGCGUCACCUGCGCCAGCAAGUUCUUCUCAGACGUCUUCUAUACCAAUUCUAGAUACGCCAAGGUCGGUGGCCUGCCUCUUGCCGAACUCAACCAUCUCGAGAUUCAGUUUCUUGUUUUGAACGACUUUCGUCUCGCUGUGCCCGUUGAAGACCUCGAAGCAUACGCGACGAUGCUUGUCGAAUUCUAUGCCCGUGAGGUGGUUGCGCACAAAACGGCACCUGAACCGGCGUCCUAGGGAUCCGGAGCCAUGUCGUUUGACUGCGGAAUGAGCUCUGAGCGUUCUCUGAGGGCACACAAAGAACGUUAUAGACUAAGAGAAGCAUGUCUGAGUACUGUUGAAACUCAUUUACCCCUCGUCAGGCGGAGGCGGAGCAUUCCACGACCGAGACGACACCAUACAGUUCGCUGGUAGGGUUUGCGCUCCGUCAAGGUGCCGCCUCCUGUCACUUGACCAGUGCCAGUCCUGGGGCUGCACAUUGGGAAGCAUGUGAAGACAAGCAGAAGUUGAGCUGUCGGGGACAACAAGCACUGACUCGGAGGACCGAGGCUGCCACCAGCGGACCCAGGUCGCACUGGCCUAGAGUUGACCUCUUCAAUGAGUUGGACAGGCGGCAAUUUGGUUCGUUACGGCGCAUUGGUUGGACAAGACCUUGGGCAUCCAUUGGACGUGCAUCAGUGUCGAGGCUCUGAGCGUCUACGAGGGCGAACGUCGUCGGCCUUUCUUGUUUGAGUCUUUUCCCCUCACGUGGAUCCACAGAGGGGAUCUAUACCAAGAGGCCGUGGAAACUGGAAGGCAUGGGCGUGGCCUUUGGCGGCAUGAGUUGGAGGAUCACGGCCCCCCUCCUCUCCUCCCCCUCCUCCACAACAAGGUCGCACGGC